AGACGAGGACUCUGUGGCGCCCUCUUUCGUCCAGCUAAGAAUUAAGUUUCAUUUCUGAAGAAAUAACGUCUAAGCCUCAGUAUUUAAAAGCCGUGUCCAGUACUCAGCACUGAUACAAACAUGGACCCUGUGACAGCCGUCGCCGCUGUUGGAUGUGCAGGUCUGGCUGUGGUCGCGGUUCCUGUGGCGCUGGGGGCUGCGGGCUUCACCUCAGCGGGAAUAGCAGCAGGCUCCGUCGCUGCCAAAAUGAUGUCGGCCGCUGCAGUUGCCAACGGAGGAGGAGUGGCUGCAGGGAGCGCCGUGGCUGUUUUGCAGUCAGUUGGUGCAGCCGGUCUGUCACUGGCUUCCAACGCAGUUGUGGCCGGCGCCGGAGCAGCUGUGGGAUUUCUGGCUCGAGUCAUCCGCUGAAAAUCUGCUGCUCACAAUGACCCAGCUGAUGAUUGGUUUCCGGUUGUCACUUUAUGUAAUCAUGUUAUUGUUUUGUUCCUGAGUCUAUGUCAGAUAUCUCCUCCAGCACUAGAAAGUUGAAGUUGACAAAGUUGACAACAUUUUAAAAUGAAUUUAUUAAUGAAGGAUUGCAAGUUUAUUUACUGUGUCAUGUCAGACCGCUGAAAUGUUUUGCUUGAUAAAUCGGAGAAAAUAAUUAAAUAAUGAACACAAGGAACCUCGGUUGUCCUUAACUGAAUGCAACAUAUUCAAAUGAGAAUGUUGAUGGAGAAGAUUUUGCACAGACAUAUUAAAAACAUGAAGUGACAUAA